UAACCAAAAACCCAUUGUUAUUCCCACCCACCACUAAAAAUUCCUCUUUUUUUUUGGUUCUCUCUUUUCUUCUCUCGCGCAUUCUCCUCCUCUUCGUCGUCGGAAUUCCGGCCGUUUUCCGGCGAGAAACGCUGUUCAUCUCCUUGCGUGUGAUCAUUGGGAACGGGCUUCAGGUAGGGUUUUGAGUCUUCUUGGUUCUUCGAGCUGGAGGAGAGAGGAGCGGGGUUCUUUUGCGGUGAUCUUUGGUGUGACUUCAUGGCCGCUGAAAUCCCUGUUGAAGAAAAUCUGAAAAUGGUUUCAGGUCCUAAAAGCAGUGAUACCAAUGCGUUUGGUUCAAAAGAUGGAAGUCCAUCCGAUGCAACAUCAUGCAUCUCCUCUGUGGAUGCCACAAGCAGCAUCAAAGCUAGUGAGGUGGACCAAGAGGGGUCUCAAGCUUCUGAGAGCGUCUAUUAUCCUGUCAAUGAUUACUAUGGUUACUACUACCCAGGGUAUACAUUUGGGGAGUGGGAUACCCCUAGUUAUGCUAUUGGGGCUGAUGGUUCAGAAGUUCUUCAUCCUGCUAUUCAAACAGAUAAUGGAUCAUUUCUAUAUUAUAUUCCUGGUGCGCAACCAACCUAUGCUCCAUAUUCAUUCUUGCCAGGAGCUAUGGUUGGUGUUGAUGGACAAUUUGUUGGUCAACAGCCAUAUUAUCCAAGUCCUGUUUUUCCCCAGACCCGUUGUUCUCCAGGGUAUUUUCCUCAAUCUGUUGCAUAUGGACCUGAAUUUAUCCCUGCAUACUGGGAUCCCUCCCUAUAUGUGGAUGGGAUCAGUGGAACUGGAUUUGGAUUAGAUCCAGCAACAUCUGCUCCUAAGCCAAAAUUUGGCCAUGCCUUUCCUCCUCCAAAGGCUUCGAUCUCUGCAAAGUCAGCUGUUUCGGAUAUGAAAGGAUCUCAAACAUUGGAUGCAUCGCCACUACCUGCAGUUCAUAGUCAAUCUGUCAAUUCUGUAAAUAAGGCAGCAGCUGCUCUAUCCAAAGGUUUUCUUCCAAUAAACAAGUUCUCUUCAUACCCGAAUCAAGGAAAAGGUGGUCUAUUGCAUGUCAAGGAAACUGGAAGAAAUUGGGUUGGGACUGAUAAGGUCAAGGUCCGGCACAGAUUUGGGGCUGUUGACCUUGACACGCUGAAUGAACAGAACCGGGGUCCAAGAACCAACGUAAGCAGGAGUUCGUUGAUCUCUGAUGUUGAUCAACUUGGAUCUUUGGCUUCUGAGGGAAAUGAGAAAAAGCAAUCGGCAUUUUCUGCUGUGAGGAAGGAUGAAUAUAACCUUUCAGAUUUUCCAACCAAAUACGAUCACGCUUUCUUUUUUGUCAUAAAGUCAUACAGUGAAGAUGAUAUUCACAAAAGCAUUAAAUAUAAUGUUUGGGCAAGCACUCCUAACGGGAACAAGAGACUAGACAGUGCUUAUCAAAUUGCACAGGAUAAAAUGUCAGAGAAAGGAAGCAAGUGUCCUGUUUUCUUAUUCUUCUCUGUUAAUGCGAGUGGUCAAUUCUGUGGUGUCGCUGAGAUGAUUGGGCGAGUUGAUUUCAGCAAGAACAUGGAAUUUUGGCAACAAGAUAAGUGGAGUGGUUUUUUCCCUGUUAAGUGGCACAUUAUAAAGGAUGUCCCAAAUCCACAAUUUCGUCACAUCAUUUUGGAGAACAAUGACAACAAGCCUGUUACAAACAGCAGAGAUACCCAAGAGGUGAAAUUUUCUCAGGGGACUGAGAUGUUGAACAUCUUCAAGAGCUAUUCUUCCAAAACCUCCAUAUUGGAUGACUUCGAUUUUUAUGAAAACAGACAGAGAGCAAUGCAAGACAAGAAGAUCCGACAACCUACACCAAAUUUGGAACGUCUAUCGCUAAAAACUGAUGAAGUGAUCCAAGCGAAAAAGGCGAGUGAGACAAAGUUAUCAGUAUCUAGUCUUACGCUGAAUGAGUUAGAACCCACCAAGAACGAGGAAGAGAUAUCUGCAAAGGAGUAAAACAAAAUGUGAAAUGCUACAAAGCCCAAAACUGGAAAGGGCUUGGGCAUGUUGGGAACAAACCACUUUCAUAAAUUUGGCUUGUUUGCUGGUAACAGUCUGAAUGGUUGGCUGAGAGCAUUCUUGCGGGAAAAAAAACAUUCAAGAGCGCUACAAGGAAACAGAAUGACACAAGCCUCUUUUUUGUCCCCAUGAGCAGUGUUCAACGAUGACUGGGCUGAUACGUUGAGGUUCCUUUCUGGUAUCAAGCAGCUGGCUCUGCAGGUUGUUGAUGGUGCUGGUGCUGCCAAGUGAUUCUACUAUGCAUUUCUUUAGUUUUUUUCGUUCUUUUUUCUGCUGUUUUUGUGCAACUUUUCCCCUCUUUAAGGUUUUGGUGUUGGUCAGAAGAGAAGCCAUUGAGAUUGAGGAUGGUGAACCACUGGUUCCUGAUGUUCUGUUGUAGAGUUGCUGUCACUGGGCCUACCUACUGUAGCUUCCAAGUGUUUGUUGCUUGUAAAGUAGGAGAGUGCAGGGUAAACUGAACUAGUUCAAAUGACAAGAAAAAAGAAAAA